AUGGAGCCUGACCCUCCCGCCCUCAUGGCGAUCCCAGGGAUGGUACCUUACACGCCGUUCAUUAGCUCCCUCCACCAACGCUCGGGGGUACAUCAAAACGCGUUAAUGGAAGUUCUCAGCCGCAUGAUCUACGGAUCAAACAUGAUCGCGCGGGCAGGCGCAAGUCUCUCAACAACCUACAGACUUUGCUGUGCAGUCUUUGCGGAACAGGCUCAGGUCCCAGAAGAGAUUGCCAAGAACGAUGAGGUGUACGAAGAAAUCAGACAACACCUGGAAUUCAGGGGCAUCCGCGCGACAGAUAAAAGUAUCUCGCGAUCUUACCGGGAAACACUGCAGCACGCCCAUGCUGCAAAGUACCUGAUUCGAAAAAUCGUCCUUGAGAGACAAGUCUUUGAUGAGGACACCUUCAAAGAGGCACACCGUAUUCUCACCUACAAUAUCGAUCUCGAUGAGCAAAUGCCUUGGACAGCCUAUGCCGGGAAAUAUUGCGUCUGGGAUACGCCUCGUGACAUGCGUUUCUUGGAUCCAGCUCAGAUCCCUACUGCAAUGUCCCAGAUGAUCAACCAACUCAUGGUGGAAAUGACCAACAUGGAUAUGCAAGAAGCCAGAGAUGAGGAUGUCUACGAGAGGGUCUGUUAUGCCAGCAAAUUCUGCCAUCGCUUCAUCCUGAUUCGCCCCUUUUUAGACGGAAACGGGCGGAUGUAUCGCUUGUUCCUGACUACUCUCCUCCUCAGAGCUAGCAUAUGCCCUGCGAUUUAUGGACUUUAUGCCUUUGAUCGAUUCAACCAUUCGCAAGCCGAAGCUACUUGCUUCAGGCAGGACAAUCGGGAAUUGCUGGGGUGGAUAGAUCUUGAUAACUUGGGGGUCAGUCAUCAUCUGGCAAAAUUUGUUUUCGAACAUAUGCAUGGCGGGUGGAACAGCCGGGACGACCACAGGACGACAUUUCUAAAAGUCACGGGUCGGGGACAGUGGGAUCCUUCCGCGCCAGAGAUGGAUUCUUAG